AUGGCGGCCGAGGCACUGGGCACUGAGCUGCUGCACAGUGUUCCAGGGCCCUCUCCAGCCCCACCUCCUGUUCCCCUGGCCUGGGCCAAGUCCUCUGCGAGAUCCCAGACGUCCCAUUCCAGAUGCCUGGCCUCAGAGCCAGAGAAUUAUUUCUGGGGAAGCCCCCACUCCACAAGCUGCCCAGGCAAGAUGUGGUGGCUGCUCCUCUGGGGAGUCCUCCAGGCUUGCCCCACACACGGCGCCGUGCUCUUGGCCCAGCAUCUACCCCAGCAGCUGAGGUUCCCUGGGUUCCCAGAGCCAUACCUCAAAGGCCAAGAGAGGACCACUGUCAUCGAGGCUCCGGAGGGCUUUGCUGUGAAGCUCGUGCUCCAGGACUUCGACCUGGAGCUGUCCCCAGACUGUGAGCAGGAUUCUGUCACAAUCACAGCCAGUGGGAUGGAUCCAAGCCUAUUCUGUGACCAGCAGUGCCCUCCACUGGGGAGCCCCCAAGGUCAGAGGGAGUUUGUGUCCUCAGGGAACCAUGUGCAGCUGACUUUCCGUGUACCUGCCUCCUUUGAGGACAGGGCAGCUGGCCUCCACAAGGGAUUCCUGAUCCUCUACCAAGCCGUGAGUAUGAACUACAGUCAGCCCAUCAGCCAGGUUAGCGGGGACUCCGAGGCCACACACACACCUGGAGGCAACUCCUCCAAGACCCAGAACCACUGCCAGGAGCCCUAUUAUCAGGCGGUGCCAGCAGGGACACUCACCUGCACAGCCCAAGGCCCUAGGAAAGAGACACAGGACAGGGAGGAGGUUCCUCACUGUGUGCCCGUCUGUGGAAGGCCAAUCACUCCCAUCACCCAGAACCAGGAGGCCCAAGGUUCUUCCAAAGCUAAGUUGGGUAACUUCCCAUGGCAAGCCUUCACCAGUAUCUAUGGCCGUGGAGGUGGGGCUCUGCUAGGCGACAGAUGGAUCCUCACUGCCGCCCACACCAUCUAUCCCAAGGACAGCGUCUUUCUUGGGAAGAAGAGGCAUGUGGAUGUGUUCCUGGGCCACACAAACAUAGAUGAGAUGAUAAAACUGGGAAACCAUCCUGUGCGCCGCGUGGUUGUGCACCCGGACUACCGACAGAACGAGUCCUACAACUUCAACGGGGACAUUGCCCUCCUGGAACUCCAGCACAGUGUGCCCCUCGGCCCCCACCUCCUCCCGGUCUGUCUGCCCGAGAGCGAGACCCUCUACCGCAAUGGCCUGAUGGGCUAUGUCAGUGGGUUUGGCGUGGAGAAGGGCUGGUUAACUACUGAGUUGAAAUACUCAAGACUGCUGGUCGCCCCAAGGGAGGCCUGCGAGGCCUGGCUCCAAGAGAAACAGAGGACUGAUGUAUUUUCUGACAACAUGUUCUGUGCCGGGGAUAAGACACGGCAGCAGAGUGUCUGCCAGGGGGACAGUGGUGGUGCCUAUGUAGUAUGGGAUGAUCGUGCCCAUCACUGGGUGGCCACGGGCAUUGUAUCCUGGGGCGUUGGAUGUGGCAAAGGGUAUGGCUUCUAUACCAAAGUGCUCAACUAUGUGGGCUGGAUCAAGGGAGUGAUGGGUGGGGAGGGCUGACCCUGCACACACUGAGCAAUGGCGCCAGUACUGCCAGACCCAGGCAGAGGAGGGUUGAAAGUGAAGACUGAGCCCUGCGGGUGGGGAGGGAGGGAGCCAGGGAAUCCGUAUUUGAACCACUGUGUGAGAGAGAACUCCUCUGCUCGAGGCUGACCCCACCCUAGAUAAGAAGGGCAUUCCUCCAGCCCCUCCUCACCCUCCACCUUCCGGUGAGUGUGCACUAUGCCCAGGAAAGCCCUGUAUAUCUCGCUGAGCUUCACUUUGAACUUUAUCACCUGCUGACACAGCUUCAUCUGUCUCUCCUGAGAGACAGCCAACGUCUCAUCCCCCUGUUCAAGUGGCGUAUGGGAGAAGUGGUCUUAAUUGCAUUUCAUCUCUGAAACAUUCUAAAGCCCCUAUAGUUGACCUCCAAAGAUUCAAACUAUCAGCUGCACCACCUACCACAACUCCUAGCUGCAAUUACAGUGAUAACUGGGUUUUUGUUACAUCUUCCACAUACUGAGCAAUCCACACAUGUUAUUUCAUUGACUCCUCACACAAAGUUUGCAAAGGAAGUGUUAUAACCCAUAUUUUAAAUGAGGAAACUGAAGUUCAGAGAGAGAAAGUGACUUGCCCAGACGCCACAGCUGAUCCAGGACUGCAAAGGCCAUUUGCUUUCCAGUGCGCCUCGACGCCUCUCGGGGUCCUCUGGACGUGCUGUAUCGCCCACGUCCACUUCCCAAUCCCCACAUCCCUACAGACUCUCACUCCCUGGGAGUUCCAGCUGUAGUCAGGAUGAUGACACCUAGCUCACACUUUCCUGGGGCCCCAUGACCUGCAGGCACCACAUCCUGAGCCCAGUCCUGGGCUGGAUGUCCCUGCAGGCGCCCCCAGUGCCACGGGACACCCCAGGCCAUGCUCCACCUGAGACACCAGCUCUUUAAUUUUUAACGAGGACAUGAGGUGAUUUAGAGUAAAAAGUGCAAAUAAAAUACACUUGUUCAAAUAGGACAAGAAAAUGAAUGAAACAGAAGAGAAUGAAUUUGCUAGUGCUGAAAAUCAAGGUUAAAGGAUAAAUUUAUCUUUGAAAAAUAGGAUUCAAAGGUGUACAUAUAUGUGGUUACUUCUAUUUUAUAAAACUGUACAUAGUAUAAAA